UUUUCGCAUGCCGCUCUGCUUGUAGGCUCGUUUGACGGGUGUUUCGUGUAUGUGUGUGCGGUGUGUGUGUCUGCGAGCGCACGGCAAAUCUGCGGCACCGAGCAGCGACUGUGUUUGGUUUCACGGCUGUCAGCGCUAGCAGUCGUGCUCGGAACACUGCGAUGAAAUUAACGACACUUUUACGAAAAGUAGUGUAACAUCUGAGCCUUUUCUUUUUUCCAUAACAUGCUUUUAGUUAUCCUGCUCGCUGUGACAUUACCUCUAUCACUGGCCAUUUGGUCCUUGUCAGUAGUUUCAUCUUGGUACACAGAAAGUGUAGCGCCGCCCACUCCUCUCCGGUUCUUUUUUUCCGCGUUUAUCCCCAUUUUAAUAUCGGCUUGGGGAUACAAGAGGAAAAGUCUCGACCUUUCAGGAGCUCUAUGUGGUGUGGUGGUCGGUUUCGUAUUGACGUUAAGCAGCUACCUUUUCCUAGCGAGCCUCUUCGCCUUCUUUAUCACAUCCUCUCGAGCAACAAAGUUUAGGUCCGAGCUGAAAAGAAAGUUUGAACCAGACCAUAGAGAAGGAGGGCAGCGCAACUGGGUCCAGGUGCUUUGCAAUGGUGGUAUCGCGACUGAGUUUGCGCUGCUGUAUGUGCUGGAGUGUGGGAUGGGCGAAAGGCUGGCCGAUCCAAGCAAUGCCUGGCAGUGCACCAUCCUCUCGCUGGCCGUGCUCAGCGCCUUAGCUGAGAGCUGUGGAGACACGUGGGCAUCGGAAUUUGGUAGUGUGCUCUCCAGGGGAGAUCCUUUCCUCAUCACGUCAUUCCAGAGAGUGCCCAGAGGAACUAACGGGGGCGUUUCCCUGGAGGGCCUGUUGUUCAGCGGCUUGGGUGGGGCCUUCAUAGGCCUGAUUUACUACAUUGCUAUGGCUCUGUUUGUGGGUCCGAGCAGCCUACAGGCAGCCUCGGCCCAGUGCCUAGUCAUUCUGGUUGGCACCCUGGCGGGCUUCCUCGGAUCCCUGCUGGACUCUUUCCUCGGGGCCACUCUGCAGUUCUCAGGUGUGCACACCAAGACAGGCCGGAUAGUCGAACGUCCUGGACACAACGUGAAGCGCAUCUGUGGUGCCAACAUCCUUGACAAUCACUCGGUCAACCUUUUGUCCAAUCUGGUCACAGCUUUCACAGUACCCUUGAUUUCAGUGAAGUUGUAUUCAUUCCUUCGCUGAUCUGCAUUUCUCAGACUCCUUUUGAUGCUGCUCUGCUGAUUAAUGAGCCAAGCAGAAUCUUUUGGGUGUUGUCUCAUUAAUGGUGAUAAAGAUUGCUUGUUUUGUGUGUGCAGGAUAUUUAUUUUUAUUUUGCCUGCUCAUGCCGCAUGGUGUGGUGCGGUGCACAAAAAUGGCACAGGCAGUAGGAUAUGACUUUUCGUUGGUGUCAGCUUAGUCAGUCCUAAGCACAUCUUCUGCUUAACGUCCUUUGAAUUGUUUGGGGGAAAUAGUGGAAUCGAGGCGACGAAUUCUUGCGUUCAAACAACCCACUGUACUGGAAGUUUUGACAAAAAUAUCAAUAUCAAACAAAUGUGGUAGCCUGUCAUUUGUUUGUGUAAUCAUGAAGUGUUUUGUUUUAUUCUACCUGCCUCAUUGCUUUAAUAGGUUUUUUUUUCCUCUUUCAGAGAAAAAAGUAGAUGCCACGUACCUACUAGCAAGUUUCGUGAAAUUUAACAAACCUUGUGAGCUGCGUGCCUACUUUUCACCGUAGAGGUCAUACCAUAUUGUGGUUUUGUUGUUGUGCCAGGCUGAUCUAAAUUCAGAAGGUGUGGCUGUAGUGCAUUAUCUGACCAAGAAGCCAUAGCUUUGUGAAUUCUAAAUAAUCCAAAGGUUGAGUUGCAUGGUUUCAGUAGUAAAGAAAUUUAAUUGCCGUUAAAGCAGUGCAGUUGCCAGCCGAUAAUUUGUACUCGACGGGAGCCGCUGAAAAGUAAGAAAAAUAGGGAGUUUGAAAUAUCGGAUUUGCCGAAAAAAAUUUCAGGGGUGAUUUAGUGGUAAAUGCGAGAGCGAUGUGUUAGGCAUGACGUUGCACCUCUUUGAGGUCCCAGAUCCGUGAUCUAAAGCGCAUUCACCACAUUGCAAAGUGUUGUUCAGGAGCUCAGUCGACAAAAGUCCUGCCUCUCUGUGGAGUGAAGUGCAACUGACAGUGGUUUGGAGCACACCACCGUUAGUUGCACCAUAUAUAUAUAAUAUAUAUAUAUAUAUAUAUAUGUGCACACACACACACGCAUAUGCACUCUUCUAAGCUCUUCCAAUCCCAUCUCUACCAUGUGACCGGCUUCACACACACACACACACACUUUUUUCUGCUGAGACACUCCCAAUGCAAACACUAAAAUUGGCUUUAUUUCACAAAGGGCCAAAUUAAGAAGCUUGUCAACAUGUUGCUACGUGCACAUGCGCUUGCAUGUGGCCUAGUCAGUCUGUAUUUCGACCAUUAUCAUGCUAUUGCUACUGAUAGACGAAAGUACCAUCAAUGGACGCAACAAAUCUCCAUUCUCUGGUACCGUAACUGUAGUCGACUAUGCUGUGAUAGCUUAAUAAUUGUGGUUUUAUUCGCUACAUGCACUUACCUCACUUAAUUGCCACCAUCAUCGGCGCAGACAUUGAGGGCGACGUUUGCAGCCUCUUUAAGCAGCUUGAUGAUAAUGACCGACAAAAAUUCCCAAUAGCAAUCAAAGAAGUCACCCAGGACCUUGUCGCUAUUCCAGGACAAGCCGCAAAUCCAGCCUUAGAACCUAGCAGCAUAGCUUGGCUUGUCCCAUGCUUUGGCUAUGGCCAGGGACUACUGGUUUGACUAGGUUUUGCUAAUAUUUGUUUCGAGAAGGUCCAGGCAACAAGGCCAACACUCAUGUCGGCCAACAUUAUGUCAGCAGUGUGUAUCAAAGUAGAAAUCUAGCUCUUGGCCAGAUUAGCAUGCGGUUGAGCAGGCCAAGUCCGAAUUAUUGAAUGGAAUGCUGUAAGGUAACUGAAAAAGUGGUUGUCAUUAUGCAUUAAAUCUAAGGGGACUGGGGCAGUGCAGCAAAGCUAUCUGAAUAAUCAAGUACGUCCAAAUUAUCAUUGUCUGUAUCAUCGGUUGGCAACUGUAUUCUGAUGUUCAAUGUUCCCAGUUGAUCAGGAAGGUUCGGUUUGCCAGCUGACUUAAACCAAGAGAUUUGGCAAAACUGGCAAGCAACAAUAUUGGAGCAGGCAAGUUAGUUUGAGUAAUUUUCUGUGUGAUAUUUUUUAUUUUCCAUGUUUCAACUUGAAAAGUUGCUUUUUCUUGUGUUCAUACAGAUGGUUGUGUAGAGACUUCAGUUACGUGUUUUAGACAGCCUUAUUUAUGCGUACACAUGCAAAAGUAAAUAGAAACUCCUAUUUGUCUUUUGAUCUUUACUUAUGCUCCAUCCAGUAACAUUAUUGUUGCUAACAUUUUUACAGGCGUCUACCAUCGGCCUCUACCAUCAUAUAGACAAAUGAUAUAUGAAUGGGACAAUUUAAACACAAAAGAAGGCUAAGAUUUCAUUUAUGUAAUAAAGUUGUUGCAUUGUUAUAACGAAAAUUGAUGUGGCAAUUUGCCCAUACACAGAAUAGUAUAGUGUAUGUCAAAGUUUUCAUUAGGCUUGCUUAUACAGUCGAAUCUUGUGACAAAAAACAUGGAUAGUAAUGAAUUCGUGAAUACACCAAACUCUUGUUGAAAUUUUACAAGAUUCGCACAUAUAUAAGACUUUCUAAGGAAUUGGUAUGUGCACAUUUUAAAUUAUACCAAACUAUUCAGUUCUGCAACUGGCUCAAUAUGGGCACAUAAGGCAGGCUUUGCCACUGCACACCGAUAGUUGGCAGUGGCACUGCAGGCACGAGUGACUCAUUCUCUCAAGCAUCUACAAAAUUUUCGUGUCUAAUGUGCUGAGAGUGCUACUCAGCAUAACAGUGUAAAUACUCGAUGGCGUGGUCAGUGUCGUAGCAUGACCUCCUAGAUCUGGUGGCAUGCUCAGGUGGGCCGAAAAUGUCGGAGGCUGUGCCCACCCUUUCCCCCAAUCUCUGAAGUCAUGCCUGUAAGUGUUACUGGUUCCACGAUGCGAGGGGCGCAUCAUUGCACAUGGUUCAGCGUCCGGCAUGGCAGGAAACACUAAAAAGCGGAAAGCUCUGACAUAUGUGGGGCAGUUGCACUAAUCUUAAAUAAUUUUACCUCCUAAUUUUAUACUAUAACGAGAGAAAGGGGAAAAAGGAAAGAUUACUCAGGCUGUGUCUGGUUGGCUACCCUGCACUUGGUGAAGGUGAAAGGGCAAAGAUAGAUUGAAAAAAAAAGAAAGAUGGAGACAAUAAAGUGGCAGUUGAUAUGAGCACUCUCAGAGAAAUAUUCGCUGACAGUCGCAGGCGUUCAUACAGUUCAGUUGCCUUCAAAAGGUGCAAUAGGGCUUUAAGGGCCUUGUGCACAAAAGAGUGCUUAUGCUUAGGCCAUAAUCCACUCUCCGAGGAAUAGAUCCUGGAACCGUCAUCCAAAUGCCUGGGACUAGCUUGUAGAGCACAUUGUUGAGCGUUGAAGGCUGGGAAUUGGCACCGAAGGUGCUCUAUUGUCUUGUAGCACCCACAAGAAUUGCAUGCAGUGCUGUAGGCCAUUCAGAUGAGGAAUGAAUAAGCAUUCGUAAGUGCGAUGCCCAACGAGAUGAGACACAAUAAAGUUGUUUCGUGAUGGGAGAGUCUGGUGGUAUGCGAAGACGCAAGUAAGGGUCGAUCGUGUGAAUACAAGUGGGAGUUGGUGAAACCCGGUGAAUUCCAUUGUCAAAGUGUGAUGUGUGGUGGGCAAGGGAUUUAAGUUGCUGCGCAGCAUUUAUUCUCAAGGUGGUAUAGGCACACGCAGAUCUUGUUGACGAGCCGAGCACGCAGCUUUUGCGCUGUUGUUGCCACCAAUUCCGAAGUGGCUCAGCAGUCAUCGAAAUAGAAUGUCAGGUCUGUGUUCUGCUAUACCGAACUAGGUUGGAAUCUAAUGUGGUUCAAGUGUGUGUGCCUGCAUCAGGUAUAUUGUUCCAUUUUUUUACUGGGCCUUUUAAUUUUUCUUUUAAGUUCUUUUGUCCACAUCAAUGUACGUGCAGUUAAGCGAAGUGAUAGGGUGUGCAUUGAUAGCAGUUGGCGUCAUUGUGGUGACAGUACUAAAUGGGGAUAGGUUGAUGGGGCAAAGAGUAGAGGGUCUGGAGGGGCUUAAUUUUUUUUUAUUGCUUUACAACAUUGUGUGCAUUACUCACAUGUACACAAAUAAGAACCACAUUUGUAAAGUUCCCAACGUUAGACUUGUCUCUCAACAAUAGCAUGACAGCCUCUACCCUUUUUAGUGCUUUCUUUUGCAUUUUAUAUUACAAUGCCACAGUUAAAGCAAGCCACGGUGGCUGAUUGAAUGGUUGGGACAAGUGAGCUACUGUUUCAAUUUUCUUUUACACUGCUGUGCCGCUCAUAGGUCAGGUGUAAUAACCGUGUUGUCUUACUUCUAGCCUGAAUACGAGAACAAAACCAAAGGAUCAGAACUGCUUCCCUGUUUUCCGCAAGUUAACUUGCUGCGAUUAGGAGGCUAUGCACACACAGCAAUAUCAAGAGAAGCUUCUAUUUAUGUUUAUCUGUGUCCCCAGUCAGUACAUUUUCUCAGAAGAAUGUUUCUUUUUUUUUUCUUUAUUACAUACUAAGUGGUGCCUUGAAUAGUUAAGCAAGAACAACUUUUGCAAGCAAGUGCAGCUCGCAGUGAGCCACCACUUUCCCCUCUUCAGGUGCAUGCAAGAAUGGCAGCAGGAAAUGAGGUGCUGGUGGGCCAACGCAGAAAGUUGGCAACAGGAGUCUCUUUAAGUGAGGAAGAGGAAAGCGUGUGAAUUUGGGAAUUCAAGCGCGAGAUGCUAAGGCCAGCCAUUGGUAGCGUAGGAGAGAAGUGCUAAUCAAAUUGAGCUAAAAUUUUAGAUAAAGAAAUGGUGCUUCGUGAUAUAGUACAAAGAGCAGAUGACACAUUAGAGCACUUGUGUGCAUUGUCUGCUUUUCUUCCCAUAAAAAGGGCCUAUUUACUUCGUUGCCAAAAUUGAUGUUUGUUGAAGAUACAAGUGCCGACGAACCAGGCACAUCGACUGUGCGGUGUAGCGAGGUGAAAUCAUUGAGCCUAGCAUGGGCACCUGAUUGCACAGUGCUUGACGUGUUUAAUUCCCACUUUGACUCUGGCUUGUAACUGGGUAGCUGAGCACUGCAAAAGUGGUCUCUUUAAUUUGCCGAGGACACCACUGUACAAAGAGAAGCAAAAUGACUAUAAUGCUAUCAUUUGGCGAGCAAGCGCACUUAAAAAUGUGCUUACCUUUGCAUACAGGUGCCUAUAUUUGAGAUGUCAUUGCAAAUCUUGUGCCAUGAAUAUAUUGCUCAGUCGUUCCUGGUGGAUCACGCCCAGUGCAUGUGUGACUUUAAAAUACCUGCCACAGAAGCUGGAAAAGAAAA